GAAAUCCUUGCAACCGAUAGUACUUUCAUUUCAUCCAUCAAUUCUCCGUUUUGUUUACUACAAAUUCCCGUAUCUUUCUUUCUCUUCUCUUGUGCCACAAUAAAAAAUAACCAUUUUUUUUUUUAUCUUUUAUUUUCUCGUUUUCCGCACUUCACCGUUCCGUUAAUUAAAAUAAUAUUUACCACUGUUACUGUUUUGUUAGUUAGUUAAAUAUUACUUCCUCCGUCCCAAAAUAUAAGAAUCAGUUGAUCACUGCAUGUACAUCAAUGCAUAACUUUAAUUAUGAAUAUCUUUAAUUGGCGAUUAGUAAACAUUAUAAAAGUUUGAUAUUUUGAAAACACUUGUCGAAACAAGAUCUUAUAUGAUAAUAUUUACAUUUAUAUACUUUUAAAAAAAUACGAUAAAAAAAAUAUAUAUGAAUAAUGCAUUUAAUCAAAUAAAAUAUUAUAAAAUGGGACGGAGGUAGUACUAUUUAUUACCUUCUUCGUGCGUGUGAAGUGAAUAAAAGGAAAAAGAGAAGAAGGGUAGAGUAGGGAGAAAAAAUAGAAAUAGAAAGAAAAAGAUAGAUACAUAGACCUCAGAUAAAUAAAUAGAUGAAUCCCUCAAAGGAAAGAAAAAAGAAAAAAUAGAAAGGAAAGUUAAAAAGUACUUUAGACUAGUAUUACUACUUACUACUACUAUACUUUAUUGAAUUUGUUUUUUUGUGUUUGUAAAAAGCUUGUUUUCAUUGUUUAUUGAUUUUCUCUUCCAAUUUUACCCUUGAAAAUGUUAAUUUGUCUUGUAUAUUGAAAAAGUUUUUCUUAUCUCCACACACUUAUUUCGUUUUCUCACAAGUGCCCCUAACAUAUAAUUUCUUCUUCUUCUUCUUCUUUUUUCUUCUCAUUCAUAAAGUAAAGUCAAGUUUAACUACCCCAGAAAGAAACACAACUUUCUCUCUUAAUAUAAAACAUUCAUUUCAGAUUCUCUCUUCUCAUAUCUUAUUCAAUUCAAAAGCUCAAUUUUAUUUUAAGAUCAAAAUCUCUAAAUAAGUUCUAAUUGAUUUUUGAAACAAUUUUUUCAUUCUGAAUUAUUUAUAGAGUUGAAGAAAUUCCUCCAGUGAAAUGAGAGCUGGGUUAAGUACAAUCCAACAAACCCUAACGCCGGAGGCGGCGAGUGUUUUAAAUCAUUCAAUCGCCGAAGCUGGCCGGCGUAAUCACGGCCAAACAACGCCACUUCAUGUGGCGGCGACGUUAUUAGCCUCACCGUCAGGUUAUCUCCGUCAAGCAUGUAUAAAAUCGCAUCCAAAUUCAUCUCAUCCUCUUCAGUGUAGAGCUUUGGAAUUAUGUUUCAGCGUCGCGUUAGAACGGUUACCGACGUCGCAAAACGCGAGUCCAACGGCGGCGAUGGAACCGCCAAUUUCUAAUGCGUUGAUGGCGGCUCUUAAACGAGCUCAGGCUCAUCAACGACGUGGUUAUCCUGAACAACAACAACAACCACUUCUCGCCGUUAAAGUUGAAUUGGAACAACUCAUCAUAUCGAUUCUUGAUGAUCCAAGUGUUAGUAGGGUGAUGAGAGAAGCUAGUUUUUCUAGCCCCGCCGUUAAAGCGACGAUUGAGCAGUCGUUGAAUUCUGUUCCACCUCCGGUUGUUAAUUCGAAUCCGAUUGGAUUGGGAUUUCGACCGGGGAUGGUUACUCCCGGAGCUGCUCCGACGAGGAAUUUGUAUAUGAAUCCGAGGUUGCAACAACAGGGGAGUGUAGUUCAAUCGGGAACACAAAAGGGUGAUGAAGUUAAACGUGUUGUGGAAAUAUUGAUGAGAACGAAGAAGAGAAAUCCGGUUUUGGUUGGUGAAUCGGAACCUGAAGCUGCUAUUAGAGAAGUGUUGAAGAAGAUUGAGAAUAAGGAAUUAGGGGAGGGUGCUUUUAGCAAUGCACAUGUUGUUAAUUUGGAGAAGGAGCUUCCUUCAGAUAGAGCUCAGAUACCUGGAAAGAUUAAAGAAUUAGGGGAUUUGAUUGAAUCUCGGUUGGGGAAUUCGGGUUCCGGUGGUGGUGUGUUUAUUAAUUUGGGUGAUUUGAAAUGGUUGGUGGAGCAACCUGUUGGAUUUGGUUUAGGGAAUAUGCAGCAACAGGCGCUUGCAGAGGCCGGGCGUGCUGCGGUGACGGAGAUGGGAAGAUUGGUUGCAAAAUUUGGGGAGGGUGGUGUUGGUAAGCUUUGGUUAUUGGGUACUGCUACUUGUGAGACUUAUUUGAGAUGUCAGGUUUAUCAUCCUUCCAUGGAAAAUGAUUGGGAUCUUCAAGCAGUGCCAAUUACCACAAGAUCACCUCUACCUGGAAUGUUUCCAAGGCUUGGGACCAAUGGAAUUCUUGGCACAACACUUGAGUCUUUGUCCCCAUUAAAGACCUUGCCGACUAUGACAAUCAAUCCACUGAGGCGUACCUCAGAGAAUGUUGAUCCUGCAGCAGCAGCUUCAACUUGUUGCCCACAGUGUAUGCGGAACUGCGAGCAAGAAGUAGCUGAUAUGUUGAAAGAAACUGAGAAAUCUGAUACUGAACUCAAAUCAGAUGCAACUCGACCGCCCCUUCCACAAUGGUUGCAGAAUGCUAAAACUAACAAUGAUAAUGCUAAAGUAAUGGAUCAGGCUCAGAGCAAUAGCCAAGAAGGGAAUGUAAAGAAGAGGACUCAAGAAAUACAAAAGAAAUGGAACGAUUCCUGCUUGAACUUACAUCCUAAAUUUCAUCAGCAAAAUGUGAGCACAGAGAGGAUUGCUCCAACUCCUUUUUCAAUGACGAACCUAUAUAAUGUGAAUUUGUUGGGGCGUCAAUUUCAACCCAAAGUACUUCCAAAUAAGAAUUUGGGAUGCUCUCUUCAAUUGAGCUCGAAUCCAAUACCUAUCCAGCAAUCAGAACACACAGCGAGCCCACGGCAAAGUACAGUGACCACUGAGCUGGUUCUUGGGCAAACCAAGCCAUCUGAUACCAUUCCAGAAGAGACGCAGAGAGAACGCAUUAAUGAUUUUUUGAGUUCCCUGUCUUCUGAGUCCCAAGACAAGUUUGAUGAAUUACAGAACAAAAAAUUACUUGAUGCCGACUCUUUCAAGAGGCUACUCAAAAGUCUGACAGAGAAGGUAUGGUGGCAGCACGAUGCAGCAUCCGCAGUAGCCUCCACAGUGACUCAGUGUAAAUUAGGUAACGGUAAAAGACGGUCAAAGGGUGACACGUGGCUAUUGUUCACAGGUCCUGACAGAAUUGGCAUGAAAAAAAUGGUAGCAGCACUUUCUGAACUGGUAUCAGGAUCCAAUCCAAUAGUAAUCUCCCUUGCACAGCGACGUGGGGAUGGUGACUCAGAUGCCAAUCACUUCCGUGGAAAAACAGUUCUUGAUCGCAUAGUAGAGACCAUCCGAAGGAACCCACAUUCUGUCAUCAUGCUUGAGGACAUCGAUGAAGCCAACACCCUUCUUCGUGGGAAUAUCAAACGAGCCAUGGAGCAAGGACGACUUCCUGAUUCUCAUGGCCGUGAAAUCAGUCUCGGUAAUGUCAUGUUUAUCCUCACUUCAAGUUGGUUGCCCGAGGACCUCAGUUACCUGUCCAAUGGCACUCUAUUAGAUGAAGAAAAACUUGCAAAUUUAGCGAGUGGGAGUUGGCAACUGCGGCUAUCAGUGACCAAGAAGGUAUCAAAACGCAGACCCAGUUGGUUAUCCAAUGAAGACAGGUCUUUGAAGCCUAGAAAGGAAUUGAAUUUAGGUUUAUCAUUUGAUCUUAAUGAAACCGCUGAUGUAGAAGAAGACAGGGCAGAUGGAUCAAAUAAUUCCAGUGACUUCACAGUGGACCAUGAAGACAACAAUCACAAUGGAGGGUCUCCCCCAAAACCCCGCGAGCUGCUGGAUUCGGUCGAUGAUGCCAUUGUCUUCAAGCCAUUGAAUUUCGAUCUUAUUCGUCGCAAUUUCUCUGCAAGCAUCGCAAAAAGAUUCUCUGCCAUAGUUGGAAAUGGGAUCUCAAUUGAAGUACAAGAGGAUGCUCUUGACAAGAUCACAAGCGGAGUGUGGUUAGGCCAAACCACAAUAGAUGAAUGGAUGGAAAAGGUGUUGGUUCCUUCCUUCCACCAGUUGAACAAAAACUUCAAUUCAACCAACUAUGACGACAAUGAGUCUUCGCUGCUGGUUAGGCUCGAAGAUGACGGCUACUCCGAUCGCCGAAGCUCACAAGAGUUGCUACCUUCUAGUGUGAGAGUCGCCGUGGAGUAGUAGUGUAAUAGUGUUGAGUAUCAAAUAUUGAAUAGUGAUUAUUGUUAAUACACAAUGGGCAUGAGUGGUAAUAUCCGUUUUUGUUGAUUAUAGAAAUGUAAAUAGAUGUCUUUGGAAGACAAAGUCAAAGACCCUUUGUAGAAUCGAGAAAAACCGUUAGAGGUGGAACAAGGGUCGGUAUGUGUCAUUUUUUCACCUUAGAAAAAGAUUAUUUAUUUUUUAUCUUAUAAAGCUUUAUAUUGUUUUUCUCCUGUAACCAUAGAUAUAUUUAUUUAUUAUCAAUUAAAUGGAGGAUGAUUAUCAAAUAUUAAUAAUAUUGAGCAUUGUUCCUUCA